AUGUCGAGGGUCGGGCUGCCCCGCCCCGCCCGGCUCAGGGCCCGGCCGCUGUCGGACGCGUCUUCUCACCUAGCAUCCCGCCCGCAGCCCGCGCCCCUCGCUCCUGAGCCGCUGCCGCCGACGCCACUGCUCAAGUCCGCGAUCAACUUUCCCUCGCUUCCUCCGCCCUGCUCGGCCCCCGCCACCCAGACCCCGCCUCCUGACGCUCCCUCCCUCACCUCCCGCCUCGCCCAGCCCCCGCCCUCCCGGCCGCGCCCCGCCGCUCACCCUCCCUCCACCUGGGGCCGCCAGGAUCCCUGCACCCCCCACCCCCGGCCCCACUUGGACCCCCGGCCCCACUUGGACCCCCGGGAGCGGCGCGAAGCCCUGCCAGGCGCUCAGGGCAUGAAUAUUUUAGUGUUGGUGAAGCUGCCCUCUGCCGAUGUCAUGGCACCGGCUGCUGUGGCAACUCGACGAAUCCCCCAAAGGGCAAGGAGGAAGCCCAAGGAAGGGGCCCCAGAGUCGCUGAGCGCCUAG